CCGCGUCGGUGCACCGAGGGCCAGCGCGCCAGGGCCCACCCAGCGGGGGCGGGAUGACAAAGCACAAAGAGACAGCCGAGGACCACUACCCGCUUGGCCUGCACCCGGGCCAGCAGGCUUCAAAAAGAGGGCCCGCCGGUGCCAGCCACCGAGGCACGAGAACAGGGCUCUCAUCCCCUUUGGGAGGGGGUGGCCCCGAGUGUUUCUGAGGGUUUAGGUGAAAAUUGCGGCUCAGCUGUUCGGGAGAGGGGGAAAUGGCCUUUGCACAGACUCGAGGAGGGGCGUGGAAGGGGUCCCAGCUCAGGGGCGCCCUUGGGGUCAGCAGAGCGGAGACCUCCCAGGGCCACUGGAGCCUCAAGCUCACCGUUUUGGAAAGGCUGGGCCCGGCCUCCCUUAGCAAAGGAAGGACCGUGUUACCAGACAGGUGCCGCCCAGUAGGGACUCACAGCUCCUGGAGGAUGGUGCGGAUCUUGGCCAAUGGGGAAAUUGUUCAGGAUGAUGACCCCCGAGUGAGGACCACUACCUCGCAGAGAGGUAGCUCUCCUCGGCAGGGCUUUCUCAACAGGGGCCAUGGUGUCCCCCCUGGGGGGACCGGCCCCCGCCCACAGCAGGCAGGUGCCAGGCUGGGGGCUGCCCAGUCUCCCUUCAAUGACCUCAACCGGCAGCUGGUAAACAUGGGCUUCCCCCAGUGGCAUCUGGGCAACCAUGCGGUGGAGCCGGUGACCUCCAUCUUGCUGCUUUUCCUGCUCAUGAUGCUUGGUGUUCGUGGCCUCUUGCUGGUGGGCCUCGUGUACCUGGUGUCCCACCUGAGCCAGCGGUGACCUCGAGGGCUGACGGGGGUUGGUGUGUCGUUGAGAGGGACUUGCUGGGCCUUGGAGUUGGAGCAGGCAUGUGGGGAGGGGACCAUGGAUUUGGAUUGCAGGUAUGGUGAGCGGGACCGUGGGUCAAGCCGGAGGCAGAGGGAGGCUCUAGUCUAGCAUCCCCAAGCCUAGGCGGCCACCCUGGUUGUCUUGAGAUGUUCGGGUGGUCUAGGGCCUCCAUCAAGUGACACACAACCAGAACAAGACGUCCUCUUUCCAAUUCUCUUUGAUCCUUUCAUGCCCAGAAGAAAGUCUUAACUUGGUGCCAAUGUGUUGGAGGCCUCCGGGACCCGAGCUGCCUCCCCAUGACUGGGGAGCAGUACUGGGGUCCAGGGCAGGUGGGAGAAGUUUCCAGACUUUUAUAACACUGUUUUGUUUUAAUGGUGUAUUUUUAUUGGCUACCUUUUAUUUCUGAUGAGGGGUACCGGCAUUCUAUUUAUUGUGACAUUUUCAAUAAAUAGAUUUAAGUAGAAAUGA